AAAAGAAAGGAACUGUAUCUCCAGUAUAACCACAGUUACUUUUACUGAAAUGAGCCCAAAGCCAAAGAUGUCCAUUCUCGUUGCUCUUCUGGCUUUCUUUACAACCACCAUCAAGGCAGAAACAACACUCUCUCACGUAAAGGCCACUUACAAUCGCUUCAACAAUAGAAUCUCUAAUGUCGACGCCACGUACUAUGGAGAACAAGGUGGCAAAGGAAAAUGCACCCUUAACCCGUUGUCUCCGAACAUUUUGAAUGCCAUUAGGAAGAAAAAUUGGAUUGUUGUUGCAGCUGCGCCUGGAACCUACCAAGAGUCUGUUGGGUGUGGUAUGUGUGUUAAAAUCACUGGCACGGGAGAAGGGAGUGGGGCUAACCCCAUUACAGGAAACCGAAGAGCAAUGAUUGUUGAUAUAUGCCCCGGUGGAUGUGGAAACAAUGGGUUAGAUUUCGCCGUUUCUGGCGACGGAAGGUGGAAAAUUCACUAUCAGGCUAUUGACUGCCCGACCCUUCGAGGGAUCGAUGGUAAAAUUCAGUUUCGUUUCCAAGGAAGCAACCCUUAUUACAUCAAGCUACAAGCAAGGAAUACCAAAAUACCAACGGCUGGAAUGGAACUCCUGGUAAAUGGGAGGUACCACUGUAUGAAACGUGUCUCCGACAACUUUUUCAUCGCUUCAGGACUUGGGAAAAUGGAAACUCCUCUGAGCGUACGUUUGACGGCCAUUAAUGGUUAUCAAGUGACAACGAGAAUUCCUGAGAUUAAGAAUGACUUCGACUUUCCGAGCAAGGUGCAGUUCAAGGGAAUCAAACGCGGACCUGGGCCAGAUGGCAUAAAAUGUUUUGGUCAAGGAGACAGACCCCCCUACCCAUCAGGAGGGAUGCAACCUUGAACAGUACGUCAGGGAUAAUUACUUGUGCUCGACGGCUCUUGAUCUUGCUUCGAUCCAUGGAUUAUCGUUUGCAAAAUAAAUUGGUUAACAUG